UUCAUAUUGUCUGCAAUGUGUUCACCUGAGGAAGGAAUAACAGCAUCUAUAGAUUUCGAUCAACCGUUCAGUGGAAAGAUCUAUUCAAUGGAAUAUUCGACGGUUCAUGAGUGCAUUUAUUUCAAUACGGUAGAGAUGAAAUCGAUUUUAUUCACAAUACCGAUUCAUCGAUGCGGAACGAGGUUCACCAAAAAUACUAGAAAUGUGAUCGAUUCAAUGGAAAAUCGAGUUUAUAUACAAAUGGAUAAGGAUGCUCAAACAGGCUUGGAUCGACAAUAUUCAUUUAUGUGUCAAUUGGUACCAACUUUAGAGAGCACAUCAAGUGUUCCUUGGCUGCAAAAUGCCAAAGCAAAUCAAAUAAUCUUUAGUGACAGACAUAAUUGGGGAAACUGGCCAAUCUAUCCAUUGUCAGCUGAGACGAAAAGACAAGAAAUGCAGAAAUGGGAAAUUGAACAAAAAAUUCUAGAGAAAUCUUCCAGUCACGCAGAUUCGCCUCAACAAACAAGUUUAAGCAAUGCAGAUAUCUUUUCAGAGCGAACUGUAUUAGAUAUGCAAAAAUGGAAGGAAAAAGUCUUUAUACCCACCGAUAAGCGGCCAAGAGUGCAUAAAAACCAAAUUGCUAAUCACGUUAUCUCUUCCACAAUUGGAAAAUCGGCCUUCAAUGAAUCGAUUAUUCCAAUUACUAGGUAUAUCUUUUUCUGA